AUGCGCGAAUCGGACGGUAGUAUGGAAUUUCUCUUCAUACCGCAAAUUCAACAGUAUUUCCAAGACAAUAUGAUAACAGGCAGACUUCCGCAGUGGAUCCUCAACAACAGGCCACACCCAAAUAAGAGAAAAAUGAAUAUAGGAAACCUCUGUGCCAGGGACUGGUGGCGCCGGUGCUCAGCCACGUUUUGGAGCCAAGAGUUCUGGCUGCCGGCCGGCCUCACCUGGGACGACAUCCACACCUCCAUGUACGACAUUCUCUUCAUCCCGCUGCUCAUCGGACUCUUCUUCGUGCUGCUGCGGCACUUCGUGGUCGAGCCCUUCGUGCUGCUGCCAAUAGCUCGCAAGGCACAGAUUCCCAACAAGCGCCCGAGAUCUCCCGAACCUAACGAUACUCUGCAGAUCGUGUUCCAGCGCUACGAAACGUCCCCGCCCAAGAAGGUGCUCGUGGAAGCCUCGCGAGCAACGCGGCUGACGGAGCGCCAGGUGGAGCGAUGGCUGAGGCGCGCGUACUCCGUGAAUCGCCUCAACAGGCAUGACAAGUUCAUGGACUGCGGCUUCAAGAUGGUGUGCCACAUCUGGUUCGGGAUCAUGGGCGCAGCUGUUACGUUGUCCAAGCCGUGGUUCUGGGACACCACACUCUGCUGGGAAGGAUACCCAAAUCACCCUGUAACCACUGACGUGUAUUGGUAUUACAUGAUUCUCCUCGGGUACUACUGGGCCAUCACCUACUCUGAGCUCCCCCGUCCGGGCGGCAAGGGCUCGGACAAGGCUCAGAUGAUCCUGCACCAUUCGCUUACUAUCCUGCUCAUCGUCUUUUCGUGGACCACAGGAUACGUACGGAUAGGCACCCUCAUCCUGUUCGUUCACGAGUACUCGGACAUCGCUCUUCUGGCCGCCAAGGUCUGCCACUACGCAGGUUACGAUGCCCCUACGGAGCCCCUCUUCGUGGCAUUCCUGGUCCUGUGGGGCAUCACCAGGUGCGGCAUCUUACCCUUCUGGAUAGUCCGAAGCGUGUUCACCGAGGCCACCCCAGCGGGAGUGGAGAUGCCGGCGCUGUACAUGAUGCAGUCGUGGUUCGUGGGGCUGCUGUGCCUCACUGCCAUCUGGACGGGACUCAUCGUGAGGACGAUGACGAGGAAGCUAAGAGGCGAAGGGCUGAAGGACGCCCGCUCUGCCACCGAGGAGUCCGACAGUGAGAAAGCUGAGAAGAAAGACUGA